AACGACAUGUCAUUUGCUAAAGAUUUAAAGAAACACUGAUUACAAAAUGGAUGAAGUACUUGAAAGAUUAGAGACAACACUCAUCAGUGAAGAUGAAAAAAACGGUACCAAAACUAAUUUCGAAAACCUAUAUAAAUAUUCUGGGAGAUUGGGAAAUCAAGAAGAAAGACGAAAAGAAAUUUUGGAAAUUCAGAAAAGCAAUCGGAAUGACAAAGUGGACAGAUUUCGGGGUAUUUUGGAGCUUGUAAAUGCUGUGGAAGAGGAAACUAUUUUUAAAACUAGUAGAGUAUACUAUAGGCCCAAUAUCUAUGUUGCUGGAUUUAACCAGACAUCCCCGUCAUACAGCAAUGUUUUAAUGCUAUCAGAGUGGUUAAUAGAGAAACCAGUUGACUUUAAUGAUAACUGGUAUGUGACACCCUGCCCCAAAGGAAUCAGAAUGCUAGUUGUUGCACAUCAGGGUACAACAAAAUGUUACUCAAAAUAUGGACAGUUUAGAUAUGAAUUUCGGACUGAACUUCCUGGGGGUAACAGGUGUAAUGCUUUUAGAAAUAAAUGCUGUGUUUUAGACUGUUUUUACCAUGAGCCGAAUAAUACAAUGUAUAUAUUGGAUUUACUUGCAUGGAAUAAUCAACCUAUGACUGAUUGUGAAACAGAAUUCAGAUAUUUUUGGCUGGAGACCAAACUUGCUGAGACGCCUGAUCUAAAUAUGAUAAAUAAGAGAAACAAAGUUCUUUUUAGUUUGUUGCCUAAAGUUCCAUGUACUCCGGAUUUAUUUAAUAAUUUUAUGAACAAUUACCCGGCCUUUCCUGAUAAUACGCCGCCGAUAGAUGGCUUAUUGUUCUAUCACAAGAGAGCUCAUUAUGUAGCUGGCGAAACACCAUUGGUUGGUUGGCUAUUUCCUUACAUGGUGCAAGAAGUGUUGGGUUCUGAAAUAACAGUUAAUAUUAAAUACAUAAUAGAAAAACCACUGGGUUAUGUAAAACAAGCAGAUUUCAUAGAGAAAUUUGAAGCAAAAUAUCAAAAGAAGAAUACAAGCCGAUACUUCUGUAGAAAUUCUAUGGAUACUUCAGACAGUCAUCAUACUCAGACUAAGUCAUUAGAAACAAAUUCAAAUAAAAAUGGCGCCAAAGAAACAGAAAAUAUGGAAGCUGAAGAAAAUGAAAUCAAAGAAAAGAAAGCGACGACUAAGUGCGAAAAUAUGGAAUCAGAUACGGUACCAAUUAAUCAAGUACCAGAGAAGAAGAGUUAAGAAAAUAUCAAAUGAAUUACAGGAUAUGCAUAGUUUAGUAUGAAUUAUGAAACUCAUAUAUUACUCGUUAUAACGAAAAAGAUAAAUAAUUAUCAGUCCUUGUUACAACUAUUAAUUUAUGUGUAUAUGUGUGAUUUUAUUGAUUUAAGUAGCACUACCUGUAUUAAAUAAACUGUGGAAAAUUUAUGUUUUAAUUUGAUGUUCAAUUGUUUUUAGAUUGGAUCUGAUUGUAAUAGGCUAAUUAGUAAAUGUUUCGAAAUUAAAAUUAUCAUGUUUUUUGCACAUGACUUCAAUGUUUAAAUUACUGACUCACUCAAUCUAAAUAUUUAAAUUGUUGUAAACAAAUACAUUUAUAUGUCUAUAGGCACAUUUUACAAAUAAAUUAACUUAAAGGUUUAAUAGAACAUUGUGCUAUAAUUAGUUUUUUAUCUGAACGUUAGAUCCAAAAGGUGUAUCACUAGUACACUGGAAAAUGUAUUUUUAAAGCAUGAUUAUAAGUAUUAUAAUCAUUGAUCGGAGUAGGUGGAGCUAAUUAGGAUUAUUGACAUCAAACAUUAAUGUUAAUAUGGAUAAGACGCCCCAGACCAAGAAACAGACCAUUGUUUUAUUUUGUUUCAAUAAGUAAAUUAUUGUUUAAACGUGUUGCUAAUUUUAAUUAAGAUAUAAUUUCAAUUAAAUACAAAUAGUUCUUUUCGAUCAUGUUUCGAUUUAUGAGGCGUAAAUAAUAUGUAUGCCAUAAAUAAUAUGUUUUUUACAACUUAAGAAUGAUAAUGUUAAAUGAUUGUUGAUUCUUGUUAUAAGAAAUUGUUACAUUAAAAAUAUAUGUGGUCUAAUGAAUCAAGUAUUUAUAUUUAUUGGACUAUACUUUAAACCGUCCUUAUACUAUGUACUUACAGGAAGUAUAUGUUUUCUUUCUCUCUCUGUAAAAAGAAUAAAAAGGUAUUUAAGCAUUAGGGAGUAAUCUCCCUAAAUAGCUUUUUAUUAUUUUUCUACUUAAACGAAUCCGUGGGUUUCGGAUAAUGAUAGAAUAAUAUUGUCCGAAACCCACUGAUAAUAUUAUUCUAUCAUAUGGUAAGUACAUAAAAUAGCUCUACCUACUCGGGUCACUGACUAACUGGCUGAGAAGGCCUCUUCUGAUAACUGUCUAUUUGAGACUUUCUGCAUUUAUAUUUAUUAUAUCUCAUUAUUAUUUUCGUUGUUCAUAAAAUGGUUAUUAGUAAAAACUAUUCUAUUUUUAUAUGUACUGUUUUUUCUGUUGCACAUUUAAGUUAUGGACGCGGUCCUUUUAAUCGUAUCGUAUCGUUGUAUCAAACUAUUCAAUGAUACCGUUAUUAUAAAUCAAUUUCCUAUCAUGACAGAAUCAUGAGUGAAUUAUUGGUAAUACUACUAGUGCUCUCAUUGAUUACAAUGUAAUAUGUCAGAUAGAUCUACACACAGUCUCUCCUGGGUUUUGCAUUGGGUUUACUACAUGUUUUCAUUCUCCACUGUUUCUAGUAUAACGUUAGUGCAAGUGCACAAUUCCACAUACAUAAUAAAUAACUCUGGACAACACAACGCUAUCUAUUCCCACGGUACGCAGAGCUUAUGUUUUGGAUACCAGACAAUUGAUAUGAAUACUCUGAUACUUUUUUUUAUAAAUAACGUGCAAGGAAUAGAACCCGCGACCAUUGGAAGUAUAACGAUGUGGUAAAUUGCUAGAUCACCCAGGCCGUAGUAUAAAUAAUAGUAGUAAGAAUUUGCUUCCACCUUUUUGGACAACAGCUCGAAUGAAUGAAGCACACUACUUAAGACAUUAUGUGAAGAAUUAUGGAUGUUGACACCAACUACACUGACAAACAAGAAAUCGAGGGCGAUUUCUAAAUAUACUAUCAAUGAAAACCGAUUUCAAUAAUCUAUGAAAAUGUUUUUGGAAUCGGUUUUCAU